CCACAGGAUGCCCGGCUGCUGGCCGCUAGUGGGGCACAGUUCAGUGACUCUGGGAGUGUUUGUCUGUCGUCCGCGGCCGGGGUCGAUAAAACGGGAUUUACAUUUUGACGGGCGCACCCGAAAAGGUUCUUCAGACUACAUGUAGUUCUGUCCGAUCCGUUACCUGUCACGGAGUUUGCUUUACUUUUUCUUUUUUGUUUACUUUGUUAUUUCUUCCGAGUACAUCAUGGUUCAUAAAUACGCAGACACAGAGAGGGCGGUGGGGCUGCUCAAGCUGUACCAGGCCAGCCUCACCGGUCCAGAUGAGCAGGCCCUGAGGACCAGUGUGGGGAAAGUGUCUGCCAUUUUCGGCAGCCAGCUGUUUCAAGCCCUCCUUGAUAUUCAGGAGUGUUACGAGAUGACCUUGCAAAUGAACACGACACAGAGCGCUGAGAAAGAAGAUGUCACGCAGGAUGCGUGGGAGGACCGGGAGGAAGGUGUGACUCGGGUUCGAGUGACCAGCAGAAAGAGCCCCCAUAAAGUGGAGCGAGUGUCUGGCCUGGUGAGCCGCUCCCACAUCGACACACCCAAGGCCAACCCUCCCCCCAUCAUCGUCAACGCAGACUCACUAGAUGCAGGCCCUUAUGUAAAUGGCAGUGAUGGGAUGUAUAAAUAUGAGGAGAUCAUUUUGGAGAGGGGGAACUCUGGCCUGGGCUUUAGCAUUGCCGGGGGAAUGGACAAUCCACACAUCCCCGAUGAUCCAGGGAUCUUCAUCACUAAGAUUAUCCCGGGAGGAGCUGCCGCUAUGGAUGGAAGGCUGGGGGUGAACGACUGCGUGCUGCGUGUGAACGAGGUGGACGUGUCCGAGGUGGUCCAUAGCAGGGCUGUGGAAGCCCUGAAGGAGGCAGGGCCGGUGGUGAGGCUGCUGGUCCGGCGAAGACAGGCCCCGCCUGAAACGAUUCUGGAGGUUAACCUGCUCAAAGGGCCUAAAGGGCUUGGAUUCAGCAUUGCUGGAGGGAUUGGCAACCAGCAUAUCCCUGGAGACAACAGCAUCUACAUCACCAAGAUCAUUGAAGGAGGAGCAGCCCAGAAAGAUGGUCGUCUGCAGACUGGAGACCGCCUGCUAGCUGUGAACAAUAUCAUCCUACAGGACGUGCGUCAUGAGGAAGCAGUGGCUGCCCUGAAGAACACCUCUGACAUGGUGUACCUCAAGGUGGCCAAGCCUGGGCCUGUGCACCUCAAUGACAUGUAUGCCCCACCUGACUACUCCAGCACCUUCCCCACCAUGGUGGACAACCACGUCAGCCACAACUACAUGGGGGCCAUGGAGCCCAAACCAGUGUACCAGCCACCCCAGGUGACCCCGUCCAGGUACUCCCCUGUUCCCCGCCACAUGCUCGGGGAGGAGGACUUCACAAGCAGGGCUGAACCUAUUUACAGUGUCAUCCACAAACCUGGGGACAGCAAGGUGCCCCAGGCCCUCUGCAGAGGGGCGCCCCAGGACAAAGGCUUCUGUCCUUCCCCUGCUUCCUUCUACCAAGUUGCACUCCCCUUCUCUGACAGGGAGCCACGGAAGGUGCUGCUGCACAAGGGCUCUACAGGCCUGGGCUUCAACAUAGUUGGUGGCGAAGAUGGAGAGGGCAUCUUCGUCUCCUUCAUCCUGGCAGGAGGACCGGCCGACUUGAGCGGGGAGCUCAGGAGGGGCGACAGGAUCCUCUCGGUGAAUGGGGUGAACCUGAGGAAUGCCACCCACGAGCAAGCAGCUGCGGCUCUGAAGAGAGCUGGCCAGACUGUCACCAUCAUAGCCCAGUACCGGCCUGAAGAGUACAGCCGCUUUGAGUCCAAGAUUCACGACUUGAGGGAGCAGAUGAUGAACAGCAGCAUGAGCUCGGGAUCGGGCUCCCUGCGCACCAGCGAGAAACGCUCCCUCUAUGUCAGAGCUUUGUUUGACUACGACAGGACCAGAGACAGCUGCCUGCCCAGCCAGGGCCUGAGCUUCUCUUAUGGGGACAUCCUCCAUGUCAUAAAUGCCUCCGAUGAUGAGUGGUGGCAAGCGAGGCUUGUCACACCUCAUGGCGAGAGUGAGCAGAUUGGAGUCAUUCCAAGCAAGAAAAGAGUGGAGAAGAAAGAGAGGGCCAGGUUAAAAACAGUCAAGUUCCACGCCAGAACAGGAAUGAUUGAGUCCAACAGGCCAGUCAAAGUAAAGCGCAAAAAAAGCUUCAACCUCUCACGCAAGUUCCCGUUUUACAAGAGCAAGGAGAAUAUUGUGCAGGAGUUGGUGGAAUCGGAACAAUGCCUGACAUCCAACACAAGCGACAGUGAAAGCAGCUCAAAGGGUCAAGAGGACACAAUUCUUUCCUAUGAGCCAGUCAUACGACAGGAAAUCCACUACACAAGGCCUGUGAUCAUUUUGGGUCCAAUGAAGGACAGAAUAAAUGAUGACCUCAUCUCUGAAUUCCCCCACAAGUUUGGCUCUUGCGUUCCUCACACAACUCGUCCAAGGCGAGAGAAUGAGAUGGAUGGCCAAGACUACCAUUUUGUGGCUUCACGAGAGCAGAUGGAGAAAGACAUUCAGGAUAAUAAGUUCAUUGAAGCUGGCCAGUUCAAUGAGAACCUCUAUGGGACAAGCAUCUUGUCUGUCAGAGCUGUGGCAGAGAGGGGAAAACACUGCAUUCUGGAUGUGUCUGGGAAUGCUAUAAAACGACUGCAACAAGCACAACUUUAUCCAAUUGCCAUCUUCAUCAAACCAAAAUCUAUUGAAGCGCUAAUGGAAAUGAACAAGAGGCAGACAUAUGAGCAGGCCAAUAAAGUCUUUGACAAGGCCAUUAAGAUGGAACAAGAAUUUGGGGAGUAUUUUACAGCCAUUGUACAGGGUGACUCACUAGAGGAGAUCUACAAUAAAAUCAAGUUAAUCAUCGAGGAGCAGUCAGGCCCCUACAUCUGGAUCCCCUCCCCAGAGAAGCUCUGAGCUCCCAGCUGUCCCGCCCCUCUGCAUCCACGCAGAGCUCCCUUCCUGUCUCCCAGAGACCCCAACCAGAUCCAAAUAGCCCCCCUACCCACACCCCUUCCCUUUUUUUGCAGAUAUGUUUCAUAUCAACUUUUAGUGUCAUCAUUAUGUUAUUCUAAUGAAAAAGAAGUCUUAUCACCAUUACUGUGACUGUGCACACCCCUGCAUGAGUUUCUCAACAAAUCUAUUCAAGACUGGAGAUGCCAUUCCAAAUGAAUUUGUCAUUUAAAAACAAAAAAGGGAAAAGGAAUGAAUCCUUUUGUGAACUGGGACUGACUGAAGAUGAGGAUGUUUUCCAGAAUUCUGGAGAGAGGAGUUGGGAUACAAAAGAAGUUUGCAGGGGAACAAAGACAAAUCUUACCAAGUGGGAACACUUUGUAAAUGUUCAUUGAAUCACAUUGGAGUUUAAAAAAAAAGACGUGCAAGUUGAGACAUUAAGACCAACUAUGGUUUUUUUCUAAAAGGACUGGAUAAAGUCAAGCCCAGCUGAUGGUACUGUUCAAGAAGUUGGCAUUUCUUGUUUGUAAUGACUGAGGAUAUAGGUGGAGAAGCCUACAAACUGGUAAUCUAUUUAUCACAAAUCAGCUUGCUGUUUUGUCGUCUGCGAAUUAUGUGUGCUGCAGCCGAUAGACUUUUUUUUGGGGGGGGGGGCAGAGCAAAAGGAAGAAAUGCGUUCUGAAUCUACAUUUAUAUAAUGAAAUCACAAGAUAAAUUAUAAAAUCCUACUGAGGUUUUACUACAUAUUAAAAACGACACAUUUUACACUUCACUAGAAUUGUCUACAUGGAGGGCUGUUAGAUUUUUUUUUUUUGUGGGAUUAUUUUGCUUGUGGUUUUUAGCUGCUCUGUGUAAAGGAUGGGGGUAGAGAAGUGUAACUGGGCUCUCUGCAAAACACCAAACUGCCUUACAUCAAAUACAAAUUCUGUUUUGUGGCUACCUGUUCUCUGUGAGGGAGGCUACUCUUAAAACUACGAGAAAGCGAAAAUGUUCUCAUUUUUCCUUUUGAUGUCCUCCAACUUCCAGGAGGCCUGACAUGAGUGCAAUAGAUAAAAUGCAGUCUCACCUCUGUGAAUGCCUAUUUCCCCCAUGUAUUUUAAUCUUUCCCUGUUUAAUUAAAUAAAUAGCCCAUUGGCUGCCAAUUUGGACUGCCAGAGCCUCCUCACUCAUGUUGAGCAGCAGACCACCCUAUUACACUCUCUGCCUUCCAAGAGGAUUCUCUUCUGAUGGAAUGGUCACAUGGUACUGUCCUGUAUGCCACCACGGUGGUGGCCUUAAAACGGGUAGAACAAGACAACAAUUGUAUUGGAUGUCCUAACUAUUAAAGAGUCAAUUUAACCUGUCUUGAAUUAUCCCCUUCCCCCUUACCAAAAAGAACACUAAAAAUGGGUUUGAUUAAACCUGUAUGCUCUGUGUAUCUAUUACAGUAUGAAUUUGUUCUGAGCAGGUUGCUAAACCACUGUGUUGAGCCCUGAAGUGUGUCUGGGGCAAGCUAAGCUGGCUCAGGAAUCUAACAUACAGAUACCAUUUCCCCUGCAACUGAUAGCUAUGUUGGAAAGGAUACACGGAGAGAGCUAUCAAAGAAAUGUAAAUGAAGGAGUGCUCUCAGAACUUAAGUUUUAAGGCAUUUUCAAUUGAACAAACUAAUCAGAGGAUGUACUGUGUCUUCUUUUUCUUGUGGUGAAGCUUUGUCAAGAUCAGCAGUGUGGUAACCCUUGCAUGAGUUGGCUGUGUGGUAUCAACAGGAAUGAAAUGACCUGCCCCAUCUUUCCAUGCGGAUCUUUGCACUGUGUGUUAGAUGUGGUGGGGAGGGGGGGGGGCAUAUUUGACUUGUCGAAGAAGGAAUACUAAGGCCCCUAACCCUGUGAACAUCUUACUUUCCUCCUCAGUUUUUGAAGAGGGUAAAAGGGAUUUUCUCAUCAGAGAGCCAGACCCAACAGGAAGUGAGACCCCAAUCUCUCUGGGUCCCCUGCUCUCUCCCACCCGCAGAGCACAUGUACCUGCAGGCAUUUUCUGAACAGGUGUGUCCACCUGCCAGGCACCACUGCUAAACCAGCUGUCAUUACCUGUGUCAAAACCAGAGUUCAGGGAAUAACCGAAGGGAACAGAGCCAUUUAUAAACUGCUUGCAGACUGUUUCAAAGGGUGUGGUAAUUGUACAAUGUAAAUAAGCCCUCAGCAGAUCCCCCUCACCUGUGCUUCAUGCAUGUGUGAAUCAAACUGGGACAAACAUGUUUUAUAGACCACAAAUGUCAGGUAAGUAAACUUUGAGCUAUUGAGAUAUAAUUUCCAUACAAUGUGCCGUAUUGUUGGUAUUUCUCUAGACAAAUCUCUUCAGAUGCCUAUUGGAACACUUAACUAGUCAGUUGGGAAUUCAAUCCCCUCAAAGUAGGGACUGUCUACAUGUGAUUUGUUGUGGAUAAUGUCUGGGUGUAUAGAUUUUAAAAAAUAUAUAUAUAUAUAUUGUAAAAAAAAUGAAAAGAUGCAGGCAGAAACCUACGCAACAAUAUCAGAAACCGGGAGCAUUGAUCAAUCUCAUCUAGAAGUUUAGAAUUGGUCCUCUCUGGUGUUAAGUUGAAAUACAGCUGACUGUUAACAAUGUGUGUGGUAUUCAUACCUCAGUCAGCCAUGUCAAAGCCCAAAGAACUUGAUUUCAUUUUACUCUUUCCAUUAAGGUUGUGAUAUAUAACAAGAUGGAACCUGAAUGCCUCUGUGUGUGUAUAACUGAUGAGGGUCUUUAUUGCAGAGAGAGAGAAAUAGUGACGUAUGCUUUUACUUUUGGGGUGGGGGGGAUCAGGGUUCUUGUUGUUUUGGUAGAUGAGUUGUUUAUGUUACAGCACAUCUGUGCAAUAAGUGCUUGCAAACAUGAACCCUUUGAUUGUACAGUAGUUUCCUUCCUGUCACUGCAGGUGGUACAGCCUAUUGGGACACUUGGCCUCAUGGUCUUCCCUGUCCUAGUAAUGAGGGAACAGUCCUGCAACUUUUGUUUGGGUUUUAUUUUGGGACAUGACCAGAGUUUAUUUGUUUGAAAAUAAUAAAAUAUGUGACUUGGACUGAUGUGCUCUUUAUUCCUUGACAAGUUCCUAGGUUUUACAGACUUGUAGAUUUCAUGUAACAGGCUAAACGAAUGUGA